AUGGAACCUUUGAACACCAAGCAAAUUCUGACCAUUGGAGCUUUAGCUACGCUUUGCGUUCUAUCCAAAUAUGUUAUCCCUAACACUUUCCUAUGGCGGAUACUGAGCCGCGGGCGGAAGUUGCCCCCUGGGCCCCCGGGACUUCCAGUCUUCGGAAACAUGUUUCAAUUCACCAAGGCACGCGACGCAGGACUAUGGGCCCCGUUCCUUGCAUCGCUCAGUAAAUAUGGACCCAUGACUACCCUUCACAUGGGCUCCCAGACUUGGGUAGUGCUAAACGAGCCCCAGGUUGUUGCCGACCUCAUCAACAAACAUGGAAAAAUCACCAAUGAACGCCCCGAGAUGCCCAUCGCUGGUGAUUUGGUCAGCCAUGGCAUGCGGACUGUCAUCCGUCCCACUGCAUCCUGGACGGAAGGCCGCAGGGUGAUGCAUCAUCUCCUCAGCGGAUCCGUGCUGCGCGUCUACGGGAACUGGCAGGAGAUUGAAUCCCUACAAUUGCUUUCGGCCUACCUGGACGAUCCUACAAGAUGGUACGCGCAUCACUACCGGUAUUCCAUCGCCGUCUUGUAUCGCCUUGUCAUGGGGGAGAAUCUCGACAAGACCCAAGCCGAGCUGGAUGAUUACCAGAAAGUCACCAUGGAGUUUACCUGGAGUCUACUCCGCAGUUUCGUCGACUAUUUCCCGCAAUUUAGCCACUGGGUACCUACUGCUCUGCAGUGGUGGCGGCCUGUCUGGGUGAAGAUGGGCGACUUCCACCACCGAGUGUUCAAGGAUUGGUGGGAUCCGAUCCGGAAUGCCGUUCAAGAUGGGACGGCCAAGCCCGGGUUCGUUAGAGACACACUCCUCCAUCCAGAGAUGCGGUAUAAGGGUUCGGAAGAGGAAGCCAUGUAUUUGGCUACCUCUGUCAUUGCUGCUGGCAGUGACAACACGCGUAUGACGCUCAACACCUUCCUCAUGGCUAUGAUCAGCCACCCGGAGAUACUGGCACGGGCUCGUGAAGAAAUGGACGCGGUGUGCGUAGAAGAGGAUGGAACACUGCGUUUACCCGGUAUGGCUGAUUUUGAGAAACUGCCCUACCUUGCAGCCAUGGUGAAGGAGGUCUUGCGCUGGCGGCCUACCACGCCGAUCACACCGCAGCAUCAGUUGACCGAAGAUUUCGAGUACGAGGGCUAUUAUUUCCCGAAAGGAACGUGCUUUGUGAUCAACGGGAUUGCGUUGAGUCAACAAUGUGAUGAGCCCGAUCGGUUUGAUCCAUCGCGCUGGCUGGAUGGGAACGAGGGGAAUAUCACCCAGGGGCUGUGGGCUUUUGGAGGUGGACGGCGAAUUUGUGUUGGGUACAGAGUCGCGCAGCAAGCGUUGUACGUUGCGAUGGCGAGGCUCGUAUUCUGUUUUGACUUGACACCAGAUGGACCAGUCAAUACGCGGAAACUCAAUCACUUCUCUCUCCAUAAACAGCCUUUCCCGGCGAAGGUGACUGUGCGCAGCCCUAGUCAUGAGGAGCUGAUUCAACAAGCAGCAAAACAAGGAAAUGCUUCUUGA